AUGAACUGGGCUAACGAGAGCUCCUCAAGAGAGUUUAUACUACUUGGCUUCUCAGACAAGCCCUGGCUACAAAUGCCUCUGUUGCUCCUAUUAAUAUCAUACACAAUCACCAUCUUUGGCAAUGUGUCCAUAAUGAUGGUGUGCAUUCUGGAUCCCAAACUUCACACACCCAUGUAUUUCUUUCUCGCUAAUCUCUCCAUCUUAGAUCUGUGCUAUACCACAAGCACAGUCCCUCAUAUGUUGAUAAAUAUUUGUCGCAACAAAAAGACCAUCAGCUAUGGUGGCUGUGUGGCCCAGCUCAUUAUCUUCCUGGCCCUGGGUGCUACUGAGUGUCUCCUCCUGGCUGUCAUGUCCUUUGACAGAUAUGUGGCAGUCUGCAGACCCCUGCACUAUGUAGUCAUUAUGAAUCAUUGGUUCUGCUUAAGGGUGGUAGGCUUCUCGUGGCUCACUGGCUUCAGUAACUCAGUGUUGCAGUCUUCCUUGACCCUUAACAUGCCACGCUGUGGUCACAAAGAAGUGGAUCACUUUUUCUGCGUGGUGCCUGCCCUUCUCAAGUUAUCAUGUGCUGACACAAAGCCCAUUGAGGCUGAACUCUUUUUCUUUAGUGUAUUAAUUCUGCUAAUUCCAGUGACAUUGAUCCUCAUUUCCUAUGGCUUCAUAACUCAUGCAGUAUUGAGAAUCAGGUCAGCAGAAGGACGACGAAAAGCUUUUGGGACAUGUGGGUCCCAUAUGGUAGUGGUGCCUCUAUUUUUUAGAACAGGAACAGGUAUAUACAUGUACCUACAACCACCUUCAUCCACCUCUAAGGACUGGGGAAAGAUGGUUUCCCUCUUCUAUGGGAUCAUCACACCCAUGUUGAAUCCCCUCAUCUACAGCCUUAGAAAUAAAGAUAUGAAGGAGGCCUUCAAGAGGGUGAUCCCAAGAAUCCUUUUCUACAAAAAAUAA